UUUCGCCACCGUUUCAAGGCAGGGCGACCCCAAUCUCUCUCUCUCUCUCUCUCUCUCUCUCUCUCUCCUAACCUGCGCACCCUAGGCGCAAGAUAGCUCUUGUCCGUGACCAAUCUUCAUCUUCUUCUUCUUCUCUCUCUCUCUCUCUCUCUCUCUCUAAAAUGGCUUCCGCUGGAAACCCUAACCAGGCCGGAGCUUUCGACCUCCAGAUGCUCUUCAAACCCUCAAUCCCCAACGCUCAAAUCCCCAUUUCUUAUCCUACGCCACCCUCACCUUAUCCUACGCCCCCACUCUCCGGGCCUUUCUCCUACCCACCUCAAACUCCCCCUACCUUCCACCACUAUCUCCACUACGCCCAAGAACCCCUCGCUAACGUGCACGCCCAGAGGCCCAUUUCUUAUCCUGCUCCCUCUCCCCACCUCCCCCCUCCUAACCCCAACCCCAACCCCGGCGCCCGCCUGAUGGCCCUCUUGAGCCCGAACCCGACCGCAAACCUCGAACCACCACUGCCGGGGCCUGCGCCGGCAGCAGCCUCGAUGGCUGCGAUGCUCCCAUCAGUGCCAUCGCAGCCGACACCUGUGCGGCUGCCAAGCAGCAAACUGCCCAAGGGGCGGCACCUGGUUGGUGACCGUGUCGUGUACGAUGUCGAUGUGCGGUUGCCGGGGGAGCUGCAGCCGCAGCUCGAGGUCACACCGAUCACGAAGUACGUGUCGGAUCCUGGAUUAGUUCUUGGACGGCAGAUUGCGGUGAACCGCACUUAUAUUUGCUACGGACUGAAGUUGGGUGCGAUUCGGGUGCUGAAUAUAAACACUGCACUGAGAUCUUUGCUUAAAGGUCAUACCCAGAGGGUCACUGACAUGGCUUUCUUUGCUGAGGAUGUUCACCUUUUGGCCAGUUCGAGUAUAGAUGGAAGGAUCUUUGUGUGGAAGAUUAAUGAAGGUCCUGACGAGGAAGAUAAGCCACAGAUAACUGGAAAAGUCAUUGUUGCCAUUCAUAUGGUGGGAGACGGGGAAUCAUUUCAUCCACGCAUCUGUUGGCAUUCUCACAAACAAGAAAUUUUGGUUGUUGCGAUUGGAAAUCGUGUUCUGAAAAUUGAUACAACAAAAGUAGGGAAAGGUGAGGUGUUUUCAGCAGAAAAACCUAUCAAGUGCGCUGUUGAGGAGCUGAUCGAUGGAGUCCAACUUGUUGGUAAACAUGAGGGGGAAGUGACUGACUUAUCAAUGUGUCAGUGGAUGACUACUCGCCUGGUAUCCGCAUCUACAGAUGGCAUGGUAAAGAUCUGGGAGGACCGGAAGGCAGUGCCCCUUGUGACACUACGUCCACACGAUGGCCAACCUGUUAGCUCAGUUACUUUCCUGACAGCACCUCAUCGCCCUGACCACAUUGUUCUUAUAACGGGGGGUCAUCUGAAUCGAGAAUUGAAGGUGUGGGCCUCAGCAGGCGAAGAAGGGUGGCUAUUGCCUAGUGAUUCUGAAUCAUGGAAGUGCAUUCAGACCUUGGACUUGAAGAGUUCUGCCGAACCUCGAGCUGAAGAGGCUUUUUUCAACCAAGUUAUCGUGUUGCCAUUAGCAGGUCUUGUUUUACUUGCAAAUGCCAAGAAGAAUGCUAUAUAUGCAGUGCAUGUAGAAUACGGGCCAUCUCCAACAGCGACACGCAUGGAUUAUAUUGCUGAGUUUACCGUCACAAUGCCUAUUUUGAGUCUAACAGGAACAAGUGACUGUGCACCAGAUGGGGAACAUGUUGUUCAGGUUUACUGUGUUCAGACACAGGCCAUUCAACAGUAUGCCUUGGAUUUAUCACAGUGCCUGCCACCACCACUGGAGGAUGCUGAAAUCGAGAAGGAUUCUGGUAUUUCACGUGUUUCUGAGGCACCCCGUUCGGGUGGUUUUGCUGCAUUAGACCCAUCUUCCGGAAAUGCCCCAAUUGAGAUACCUGUUGGAAGUGCUACAUCAAAGCCACCUCAGAGUUCAGCUGCAGCUAUAUAUCCUGCAUUUUCAGGCACCCCGGAGGUACCCAGCCUUGAAUUGGCUACGUCAAGUGCUGAACCUAAUCCAAGUGCUUUGCCACCUGCAACUAGCGAUGUUGCUGAUGCUCGUGUUGCAUCCCCACCCCUUCCUAUGAGUCCGAGGUUGUCAGGAAGACUAUCUGGUUUUCGGAACCCAUCAAAUAACUUUGAGCCAGGUUCCCCACUUGGUGACCGUUGUGCUGAUCCACCAGUUCUUGAUUAUUCAGUUGACAGGAGAGUGGAUGUUGGUCGUAUGAACGUGACUGAUGUUUCUUCCUUAGAUGACAGCUCUGUGAAGGAUGGAACUAAAGUUGGGCAAAAUGAUAUUUCUAUGGUGCCAAAUUCUCCAAUUGCUUUCAAACAUCCGACCCAUCUGAUAACUCCAGGAGAAAUAUUAUUGAAGGCCAUUUCUUCUUCUGAGAGUACUCUUGUUGGCCAGGGUUUGAAAGUGGGAGAAAAAAAGGUUCAAGAUGUUGCUGUAAACAAUGAUAUCGAGAGUGUAGAGGUGGAGGUUAAAGAGGUGGGUGAGAGUGGGUUGAAUCAGCAGCAGGAGUUAGAUUCUCAGAGAGAACAGCGUAUUCUCCGUGCAGAGAAAAAAGAAAAAACCUUCUAUACCCAAGCAUCGGAUCUUGGCAUUGAGAUGGCCAGAGACAGCUGUUCAUUGUCUACAGAAAUUUCGGGAGUGGAGGAAACUCGUCAGAUUGAAGAUGUUGGUGUUGCCGAGUCAUUCGAGGGGCCUUUGAGUGCAGGUGAACAAGGCAUUCAGGACUCGAGUAAGGAUGUGCCUAAUACCGAAUCUAGUUCAGCUACUGUAGUUGCUCAGUCGCCUUCAUCAGCUGCAAAAGGGAAAAAACAGAAAGUAAAACCCUCUCAAGUGGCGGGUCCAUCUUCCCCUUCUGCUAGCCCUUUCAACUCUGCAGAUUCUUCAAAUGAACCAGGCAGCAGCAAUGGCAGUCCUUCCCAAGAGGCCCCUUUUACUCGAAUUCAGGCUAUUCAGGAGAGUAUGAAACAGCUCAUGACCAUUCAAAAGGAAAUGCAGAAGCAAAUGACUGCUAUGGUGGCUGUCCCUGUUAACAAAGAAGGUAGAAGAGUAGAGGCAGCCAUGGGCCGGAGCAUGGAGAAAGCUCUCAAGUCGAACUCUGAUGCUCUGUGGGCUCGCAUCCAAGAGGAGAAUGCGAAACAGAAGUUAGAACGGGAUCGCAUACAACAGAUAACAAGUUCGAUCUCUGGCUCUAUGAACAAGGAGUGGCCAACCAUGUUCGAGAAGGCAUUGAAGAAAGAAAUUGCUGCGGUAGGACCAGCAGUAGCUCGUGCAAUUACCCCGAUUUUGGAGAAGAACAUUUCUUCAGCUAUUGCUGAUUCAUUCCAGAGAGGGGUUGGAGACAAGGCAGUGAAUCAGUUGGAGAAAUCAGUCAACUCGAAACUUGAAACGGCAGUGGCCAGACAAAUUCAAUCACAAUUCCAAACAUGUGGGAAGCAAGCUCUUCAGGAUGCACUAAGGGCUAGCUUGGAAUCUUCAGUGAUUCCUGCAUUUGAGCAGGCAUGCAAAGGAAUGUUUGAGCAAGUCGAUGCUGUGUUUCAGAGGGGAAUGGUCGAACACACUAGUGCUGCACAACAGCAGUUUGAAUCCACACAUUCUCCAUUAGCACUUGCUUUGAGGGAUGCGAUGAGCUCUGCAUCAUCCAUCACCCAAUCAUUAAGUGGUGAACUAGCUGAUGGCCAGCGUAAUCUCUUAGCUUUCAUGGCAGCUGGAGCAAAUCAGCAAGUAAUGAAUCCCUUGGCUCCACAACAAAUCAAUGGACCUGUGAGUGGGUUACACGACAUGGCCAUGACUGUGCAACAGGUCGAGGCACCUUUGGAUCCAAAGAAAGAGCUGGAAAGAUUGAUAUCUGAACAUAAGUAUGGGGAAGCAUUCACAUCAGCCCUUCAAAGAAGUGAUGUCACCAUUGUGUCCUGGUUAUGCUCUAAGGUUGAUUUGCAAGGGAUUCUAUCGAUGCUUCCUCUUCCUCUGAGUCAAGGAGUCCUGCUAUCCCUUCUCCAGCAGCUCGCAUGUGAUAUUGGUAAUGAGACCUCCCGGACGCUAGAGUGGAUGAGAGACGUUCUUGUUGCUAUAGAUCCAGUGGACCCAACAAUUGUGAUGCAUGUACGGCCGAUAUUUGAACAGGUUUAUCAGAUACUGGGUCACCAGCGGACGCUCCCGAUCACCGCCGCAGCUGAAACAAACAACAUCCGCCUCAUCAUGCAUGUAAUUAAUUCAGUAUUGAUGGGCUACAAAUGACCUCUCUCUUUUGCUCUCCUCUCUCACAUUUGUGCAGGAACUGUUAAGGACUUUAGGUGGUUGUAGGAAGGUUGUAUAGAAAAACUAGGAAGAGGGUUUAUAUGUAUCUAUAUAUAAAAGAAGAGGAGAGAUUGAGAAAAGCUGGGAAUCAUUUUUUUUGGUAUCUAGGUAGUUUGCUUUCUUGAACA